UCUGUAUCAACGUCUUAAUUCCAAUCCACCAAAAAGGUCCAAUCUAAUCAACCCUAAAAUGAAUAAUAAACCAACAGUCGCUUUCUUCGGCGCCACUGGUGGCUGCACCCUCGCCUCUCUUGCACCCGCUCUCCAAGCGGGAUACAACUGCGUCGCCUUGGCUCGCACCCCCAAGAAACUCACCGACCUCCUCACCGCGCGCGGGAUCCCACCGACAACGCUCUCGACACAGCUAACCCUAAUCGAAGGCUCCGCAACCGACCUCAACGCCAUCUCCCAAGUCCUCUUCCCAGCAAACCUGCCCCCAGCCUCAAUGAUAAUCUCCGGCGUCGGCGGCGCCCCAGACUUCUCUCAGCCUCUUUCGCCCAAGUUCGUCGGCAAGACCAUUUGCCAGGAUACUAUCCGCAAUAUCCUCCAGGUUCUGCGCGAGCGCAGCCACAAUAGCAAACAGAAGCACAAACCCGUUCUCGUGGCUAUCUCCUCCACAGGCUUAACGAAGGAACGCGAUAUCCCGCUCGCCAUGGUGCCGCUGUAUAACUGGAUGUUGAAGGUCCCGCACGCGGACAAGAGAGUCAUGGAGGAGCUUAUCUUUGAGGAAGUUGGCAAAUCCGAUGCUGAGAAGGUCAUUUCGGAGCAUGUGGUAAUUCGGCCAAGCUUUUUGACGAGUGGUGUCAGUCAGAGGGAGAAAGUGCGCGUGUUGAAGGGCCAGGGGGAGGGACAGAAUACAGCUGUUGGGAUCUCUUGUCCGUUUGUUGGGUAUACGAUUUGUAGGGAGGAUGUUGGCGGGUUUAUGUUUGGGUUGGUGGAGGGGCUGGAUGGAGAGAAGGCUGGGAGGGAGUAUUAUAGUAGUGUUGUUUCUACCUCGCACUGAUGGCUUGAUAUGCGGCGUUUGGAUAUGUUUAUGGAUUUGUACAAGUACCUGAUCAACUGUUUUAAAGUAUGAG